UAAUACUAAGCGAGACGCUUCUCUGUUCCGUCACGGAUUCAAGUGUAGAAUCUCUCCGGGAGUCUCCUUGCUGAAAAUACAUAAAUGUGUGGAGUUUUUAGAUUAAUAACAUCACUUCGAAGUUAAAAAACAAUCGCUGUGUCUGCACUGUUGAAUUUAUGAUGGCCUCCAUGUGGAUAAUGGCUGACAGAGGCCGACGGCAAGCGCUGGUGUUGAUUCUUUGUCUCAUCGAGCUGAGCGCAGUGGCUGGUCAGGCUCGGUAUUCCAUCCCGGAGGAGCAGGCCGAAGGAUCGUUUGUCGGAAACAUUGCGAGAGAUUUAGGCUUGGAUGUUGCGAGGCUGAUUUCAGGUAAAGCUCGUAUUAUUACAAAAGGAGGCCGACAGUAUGUGGAUUUAAACAAAGACAAAGGCAUCCUUGUUAUUAAAGAGAGAAUCGACCGGGAGGAACUGUGUGGAAAGACGACGCCCUGUAGCUUCAGCUUCGAGGUGAUUUUAGAAAAUCCUAUCCAGCUUUAUCGUGUGACAGUGGAGGUGACAGAUAUAAAUGAUAACAGUCCGUUGUUCCCAAAAGACGAAAUCAACUUAAAUAUUGUUGAAAACGCUGCAUUAGGGACUCGGUUUUCUCUGCUGAGUGCAGAUGACUCCGAUGUUGGCGUUAAUGACAUUCAAAAAUACACACUUAAACCCUCUGAUCAUUUUAAGCUAGAAGUGCAAAACCAGCCGGAUGGAGGCAGGUUUGUUGAAAUGGUUUUACAAAACCCGUUAGACCGAGAGAAAGAGGAGACUCACAGUCUUGUGCUGAUUGCUUCAGAUGGCGGGGAGCCACGGAGAUCAGGGACAGUGCAUAUACAUAUUACUGUGCUGGAUGCUAAUGAUAAUUCGCCAGUGUGCAGCCAGGCUGUUUAUAAAGCAGAUAUCAAAGAGAAUUCUCCCGAAGGAACCGUGAUAACCACUGUGAGUGCAAAUGACCCGGAUAAGGGCCACUACGGAGAGGUAACAUACUCUAUCCCUCCCGUUGCAAAAGAGACGAAACAGCUUUUUGAAGUAAAUGUUCAAACUGGAGAGAUUAAAGUCGCAGGUAAACUCGACUUUGAAAAAUCUAAGACUUAUCAACUGAACGUGCAGGCUAGUGACCAUGGAGGUUAUUCUGAUACAUGUAAAGUUAUCAUUCAAAUAACUGACGAAAAUGACAACGUCCCUACAAUACAGCUCAUGUCAUUUUCGAACUCGAUAUCUGAGGAUUCUCCUCCAGGUACAACGAUAGCUGUUCUUAACGUGGAUGACGAAGAUUUUGAUGGUAACGGUGCUGUCAAGUGCUCCAUUAACUCUGACGUACCUUUUAAAAUCGAGUCUUCACUAACGGGAUACUACACCAUAGUAACUGAAGACUAUUUAGACAGAGAGAGUAUCCCUGAGUAUAAUCUCACCAUAACUGUGUCUGAUCAGGGUUCCCCGCCUCUGUCAAGCAGUAAGAACAUCAACGUAAAAGUAUCUGAUGUCAAUGACAGUCCACCCAAAUUUGAUCAUUCAGAAUACGCUAAAACUGUCGCAGAGAACAACUCUCCUGGACUUUCUGUGUUUACCGUGAGUGCUAAUGAUGCAGACUGGGGCCAAAAUGCCAGAGUUUCUUACUUUUUGCAGGAGAGGGACAUUAAUGGGCUGGCUGUGUCUUCGCUGGUUUCAGUAAAUUCAGAUACCGGUGUUAUUCAUGCAGUGAGAUCGUUUGAUUACGAGCAGAUCAAGUGGUUUGAAUUUAAUGUAACUGCACGUGAUGCUGGAUCCCCUCCUCUGAGUUCAGUGGCGACAGUUAAAAUAAUAGUUCAGGACCAGAACGACAACCCCCCUCAGGUUUUGUACCCAGUCCAGACUGGUGGCUCUCUGGUGGCUGAAAUGGUUCCUCGUUCAGCAGAAGUGGGCUAUCUGGUGACUAAAGUGGUGGCUGUUGAUGUGGACUCUGGACAGAAUGCCUGGCUCUCCUAUAAACUGCAGAAAGCCACAGACAGGGCGCUGUUUGAAGUGGGCUUACAGAAUGGAGAAAUCAGAACUAUCCGCCAAGUCACUGAUAAAGAUGCUGUCAAACAAAGACUGACUGUUAUAGUGGAGGACAACGGACAGCCUUCUCGUUCAGCUACAGUCAUUGUUAACGUGGCGGUGGCGGACAGCUUCCCUGAAGUUCUGUCGGAGUUCACUGAGUUGACCCACGACAAGGAGUACAAUGACAACCUGACUUUUUACUUGGUCCUGGCUCUGGCUGUAGUUUCCUUCCUCUUCAUCACGUGUUUAGUGGUUAUUAUAUCAGUCAAAAUCUACAGGUGGAGACAGUCUCGCAUCCUGUAUCACUCCAACCUGCCUGUCAUUCCAUAUUAUCCACCACGUUACUCAGACACUUUGGGAACAGGGACUCUGCCACAUGUGUACAAUUACGAGGUGUGCAGGACGACUGACUCCAGAAAGAGUGACUGUAAGUUCGACAGAACUGGUAGUCAGAACGUGCUGAUAAUAGACCCCAGUUCUACAGGAACGAUGCAGCGGAUACAGAGUGAAAAGAGCAUCCUGGAUGAACCAGACUCUCCUCUAGAGGUUAGUUUUUCCUUUUCAGCGCUUUAGCUUAGUGGCA